AUGGAUAUUCCCGAAAGUCUUCAGCCGCGGGUGCUGCUAAGUAAGCCAGUCACACUAGUCGAGCAUCUGAGGGGUCUCCUGGCAGCCGACUCCUCCUUGGACAGCCUCAAUUCAAUCAAUGCCUAUCUCUUGCAUCUGGUUCACGAAGAAGCUGUCCCAUGGCGGAUCUUCCAAACUUGGCUGUUCCUGAUAUGGCCAACCUCUCCUGUGUUCCUGCGCGACGCGAUUCGAGAUGAGGAGUCGGUUGGAGUCCAGAUAGCAGGGAUUCAAGUUCUUAAACACGCUUUCCGGCGACCUUCAGCGAGACCGCGCAUAUGGGACGCUUUAGGAGGACCAGCGGGCGUCAAAUCCCUCAUAGAUGGCCUUUCUCUCCGUCAAGCUACCAGUUUUGUCAAGGCUCUCUGCCAAAGCGGGCGAGGUAUGCACAAUGAUAUACUGCUCGGAUAUUUUGAUGAGCUCGUUUCCCUCCUCGAAGCGUCAGAUGAAUUGGGUGCAAGACCGCUGUCCCUGGACGCGAUGUCGCUAUAUGCCUGCUGCUCUCCCCAGAGAGUGGCGGAGGCACUAGAGUCUGGGCGUAUCGAGACCCGAACCAUCGAACGUGACCUUUUGCGUACGCAAUUGAAUGUUCUUAGACUUGUUGCGGUUGGCGUUGUGGAUGCCCCAGAACAGUUUCGCACUCACAUCCUGCGCGAUCACGCGGAUAUUUUACUCGCAUCAAACGAGGCAUACGUUCCGACCUCUCCCGUGAAAGUCGACGCGGGUGUGCCUGCGGGCGUGCUAUUCGGUAUGGACUUAAUGUGGCAUAUUGAUCGAAGCAAGUCUGCUCCAUGGACAGAGAGAGAAGGCAGGCAUCUGAUCAAUAAGUGGGCCAAGAAGAUCGUGCACUUGGCUAUUCGUCGCAACGUUUCAAUUGAUGUUCUAUGUGCCAUUAUAUCCGCGUGUCUCGGAUUGCUCUGUGACGGAGAUCGCUCGCACUGGAUUGACAGGUGCAAGAAGUGUCAUUGUGAAAAUUGGGUUUCUGAUAUCCUUCCAUUCGAAGUGAUCCGUUGCUGGUCCACAGCUCGCUUCGGUGUUUGUGCGGAUGAGCUACCCUUUUAUUCGUCAAUCAAGAUCAAGAGGAACAGCCCUUCAUGGCCAACGCCAGAUUAUGUGACGGCAUUGGAGAGUUGUAUGGUGAAUGACGUAUUCAUGCUCAUCGACAAACAGGAGUUGGCUUGGCUACAUGACAGGCCUGUGGGGCUGAGUCGCUAUCUUUCUCGGAUGGUCGAAAGGGUACCCAUUGACAAAAGAAUCGAGUUCUUGCAGCUUGUUUGCAAGCAUUGUCCGACUUUGUCCUUUGAUAUGACAAUGUGGCCUCCAUCAGAGCGAGAAGCUGAAGUGCUUCCGAUUUGGGAUAUUGCACUACUGUCAAAGAUGCCGCUGACUCGCUCCAAAGAGCUGUUCGAGCGCUCUUUACACGUCAACAAUUGUGAGACGUUCAUAUCAGACGAUCUGUUGAAGAAAAACGACUGGGCCAUGACAUGGGAGGAGCAGUGUAUGCUUUGGUCAGGAUGGGAGACACUGUCUGCUAAGACACACCAGGACUUUAAGAUCACUCAACAGGGUAAGCGAUCAAGAACACCUCUCACAUAUGAUAAAUCUCGUGAUUCUGACCCUUUUCAGCCCUUGUGA